CAAUCGGAGGAAGAAAUGCCGAGAACCAAAUGUGGGUUUUUCCAGUCAGAGGAAAAGAUUUGAUUGGAUAAGACACAACAGAAAUGUCCAAAAUGGCUGUUUGUGUGGCUGUCAUUGCUAAAGAGAAUUACCCAUUAUAUAUUAAAGCUGCAUCAGCCGACAGUGAGUUGAAGUUCUAUUACACAGUUCACACAUCUCUUGAUGUUAUUGAAGAGAAAGUGUCAUCCUCUGGUAAAAAUGCCAACGAGCUUCGGGAACUCUAUCUGGGAUUACUUUAUCCUACAGAAGACUACAAAGUAUACGGAUAUGUAACUAAUACUAAGAUCAAGUUUGUGAUUGUGGUAGAAUCAUCCAAUACGACCUUGCGUGAUAACGAAAUAAGAAGUAUGUUUCGGAAGUUACAUAAUGCCUAUGUAGAUAUGCUGUGUAAUCCGUUUUACAUUCCUGGUGAAAAUAUCACCUCGAAAACAUUUAACAACACUGUGAUAUCGAUGAUGCAAGAAUGAAGUACCAAGUUUGUGAUGUAUGUUAAAAUAGUGUAUCUGGAACAAGAUCAGGUUGUAGAAAAACAACUUCUACCCUUUAUAGUGAAACAGAUAUCCAGCAGUGAAAUACAUGUGUAAUCAAGUUUGGAAUAAUAAUGACAUAGUUUGACAUAAAGGGAGCUGAAGACGAACAAGACUACGAUAAAGAAGUUUUAAUGCUAUCUUCCAUCAACACUGACUUUUAACCAUAAUGAUGAUUUCUAAUUAUUUUUAAUUUCGUAACCUUUUCAUAUCUUUGCAUAUUAGCAAAGUGUCUACAUACUGUACAAGGCAUUGUGUCGUCACUAAAACAAGAUGUUGUUUUUCAGAAUAACUGUUUUCAUUUCAUUAAAAGUGCCACUGAAAAUUUCAAAUGGUUGAAGUACCCAGGUGGCCUGCAAAUAUUUCUUCACAAGUUCAGUACUGGUUACAUAAUUUGCCGUCAGAAAAGUCUGAACAUGAAUUAUCAAGGAAGUGCUAUAUAUUUGUAUGCUGUCGUUUUUUAUAAGUCUGUAUGUUACUGGUAUGUACAAAAUAUCUAUGUAUAUGUUGUGUAUAUGUAAUGUUAUCUACAAGACAAAAAGUGCAAUAAAUAACUUACUGGAA